UGUGGUUUUUAUCAUAGAAAUAAGGAUUAAGGGUUUUUAUGUUAUUACUGCUAUGGCUUUGUAAACAUUUGUUGAAAUUUUAAGGAAAUAUUCAACUUUUCCGGAAGAGAGUACAGUGAAAUUUAUAGUAGUAUACACAUUUAUAAUGACGUAGUAUUUACAAUGAUUUUUGUGGCAUUAUUAUUCGUGUUGUGGUUUGAUUGUGGUACUGUGUUUAGCCAUGGGGUUAUUAGUAGGGUGUCUGAUAGAGACGAUCUUAUUCCGCACCAUGAUAAAUGUCAACAGAUUACCGUGCCUUUUUGUAUGGACAUUCAAUAUAACACGACCAUUAUGCCCAAUUUACUAAACCAUCAAAAGCAGGACGAUGCCGGACUGGAAGUGCACCAAUUUUUUCCUCUUGUAAAAGUGCGUUGCAGUCCAGACUUGCAGUUCUUUUUGUGCUCUGUUUACGUCCCAGUUUGUACAAUCUUAGAAAGACCCAUUCCACCUUGUCGUUCUUUAUGUUUAAAUGCAAAAUCUGGCUGUGAAUCCAUCAUGGAAAAAUUUGGUUUUAAGUGGCCAGAAAAUUUGGAUUGUGCUCAGUAUCCAGAAGGACAAGAUAUAGAUGGUAUGAUGUGUGUGGGAGAAAACAAAACAGCUCCUGCCUCUUCCACUUAUUCACCCUUGGAUAGCUAUUCUUUAGGACCAAUAAGUUUUCAUCCAGACACUCCUUUUCAAGAUAUAUAUAAUGGUAGAGAUUAUGGAUUUGUUUGUCCAGUGCAGUUUAAGGUUCCAAAGAUGUUAGAAUAUUCACUGAAAGUAGGAGAUAAAGUAGAAAAAGAUUGUGGGGCUCCGUGCAAUAUGAUGUUCUUCAAUGAAAAUGAGCGCAAGUUUUCACAGGUAUGGGUUGGGACAUGGGCUGUCAUUUGCUCAAUUAGCUGUUUGUUCACUGUAUUAACUUUUCUAAUUGAUACUAAUAGAUUCAGAUAUCCAGAACGACCAAUUAUUUUCUUAUCUGUUUGUUAUUUGAUGGUUGCUCUGACGUACGUUGUGGGAUUUUUAGCAGGUGAUAGCAUUGCAUGCAGGGAACCAUUUCCUGCUCAAGUAGGCAUUCAGACAGUCAGCACCAUCACUCAGGGGACUAAACAUGAAAUGUGCACUAUUCUUUUCAUGGUUCUUUAUUUCUUCAGUAUGGCAUCUAGUAUUUGGUGGGUGGUGUUAACACUCACUUGGUUUCUAGCUGCUGGUCUAAAGUGGGGUCAUGAAGCAAUUGAGGCAAAUUCUCAAUAUUUUCACUUAGCAGCCUGGGCUGUGCCAGCUAUCAAGACAAUUACCAUUUUGGCAAUGGGCAAAGUUGAAGGAGAUAUUUUAAGUGGUGUUUGCUAUGUUGGUAUAUGGAAUGUGGAAGCUCUUAGAGGUUUUGUUUUAUCACCUUUGUGUGGCUAUCUUGUUUUGGGGACAAUAUUUCUCAUGGCUGGAUUUGUGUCAUUAUUUCGCAUCCGGACAGUAAUGAAACAUGAUGGCACUAAGACUGAUAAACUUGAAAAACUGAUGAUAAGAAUUGGGAUAUUCUCAGUGCUUUAUACGGUGCCAGCUCUCAUAGUUAUUGGAUGUCUUUUCUAUGAACAUACAUAUUUUGAUUCAUGGAUGCGUACAUGGAAUAAGUAAGCAAUACAUUUCUCAAAUAAGACAUUGUUUCCUAC